GAUAGUGUUGUUGCUAGUGUAUGGCCGCAGUGCACAAACACGUAAAAGACGUUUUGAGCUCUUGGAGGACAGAUCAAAACUGCAUUUUCACGCCGAGCAAAACACUCUAAGAUAAUUAUUUCUGCAGUCCGAUGUAACUGGCAUUCGUUCUUGUAUUCGGCUCCUAGGUUGUGAUCAAGUUUCCACAUCGUGAAACGGUUUUUGUCUCUAGUUUUCAUUAGUUGAAAAUCACAAUGCCGUAGUCGGGAUCGCCGAGGCGCCACCGGGCAACGGACCACGCGUCUCCCGGGUCGUUUGCCUCGUGGACCCGGACGGACAGCAUGGCCAGUCACGGUGACCGCGCCGGUGUGUCAGCGUGGAAGUUGUUCCGAUUGGUGAUACCGUCAGUCACUCGAACUUUAGUUACCUAAAACUCUACAAAAAAGAAGAAAAACAUACUUGAUUUAGCCUCUGGCUAAGAUUUAAAGUGAAAUUCUCCGCUUCUUGAGGAUUGUGGAAGGAGAAAAGAUGGAGAAUUCUCGGGAGAAAAAGAACAACAGUGACUGGAAAAACAGCCAGUUUACGGUUGCAGUCAGGAUUCGUCCCAUGACUACAGCUGAGAUUGAAAUGGGCAGCACAAUUACUGCGCAGUCUAUCGACGACAAUAUUGUUGUUCUUCUGGAUCCCAUGGAAGAUCCCGAUGAUAUUCUCCGAGCAAAUCGAUCCAGGGAGAAGCACUACGCGUUUGACCGCUCCUUCGGGGAAUUUGCCAGCCAGGAUGAAGUUUAUGUGCAAACCACUAAGUGCCUGAUACAGAGCGUCAUACAAGGCUACAAUGCUACAGUCUUUGCAUACGGUGCAACAGGGGCCGGCAAGACUUACACCAUGCUGGGUACCGACUAUGAGCCUGGUAUCAUGGCCCGUGCCCUCAAUGACCUGUUUGAUGCAAUGGACGCUAGAAGAGAAGACUCUGUCUACAAAGUCACCAUGUCAUAUCUCGAGAUUUAUAACGAGAUGAUACGGGAUCUUCUGAACCCGUCGUCCGGUUUUCUGGAUCUUCGGGAGGAUGCCUCGGGCAACGUCCAAGUGGCCGGCAUCUCGGAGGUCUCGACAGUCUCCACUGAAGAGGUGAUGUCACUGCUGAUGGAAGGCAACAAAGAGCGUACCCAGGAACCGACGGCGGCCAACAAGACGUCGUCCCGCUCCCACGCCGUGCUGCAAGUCACCGUUCAAGAGCGCAAUCGCGUCCGCAGCACCUCGCAGAAAGUGCGCAUCGGCAAGCUGUUCAUGAUUGACCUGGCCGGGUCGGAGAGGGCGUCACAAACAAAGAAUCGCGGCAAGCGCAUGAUAGAGGGCGCUCACAUCAACCGCUCCCUGCUGGCAUUAGGCAACUGCAUCAACGCGCUGGUUGAGGGCGGCAAAUACGUCAACUACAGAGACAGCAAGCUGACCAGAAUCUUAAAGGAUGCCUUGGGAGGAAACUGUAAGACCGUGAUGAUCGCCAACAUUAGUCCAGCCAGCAUGCUGUUUGAGGAAUCUCGCAACACGCUGAUGUAUGCAGACAGAGCCAAGAACAUCAAAAUGAAGAUCAAACAAAACCUGAACAAUGUCACAUCCCACAUGGUGCAGUACACCAACAUCAUCAAAGAGCUACGACAAGAGAUCGUGCGACUCCAGAAGAAGAUUGCCGACCAGAAUCGCCUCAAGGAAUCCUCGCCGCAGAACCAAGAAUCCAAAUCGGAGGAAUCCAUCCACAAUCGUGACGAGAUGGAUAGGCUCCGGCAACAGCUGAUGGCCAACUUCCAAGACCAGAUGGACAUCAGACAGAGCAUGAUGGAGGUUGAAAACCGUAAAUGGGAGGUGGCUGUAUUCAUCAACAGACAGAUGGCGCUCAUCACAGAGUGGGAACAAGAGAGAUCUCGAAGUAAAGAGAUUAACAAAGAGGUGGACAAUAGAUACAAAGAACAAAACCAGGAGAAGGACAUUGACGCAUACAGCACAACAUCUGAGACCCCCGAACCGGAGGAUAUCAUCAAUGCCCGGGAGGAGAUCGCCGUCCUGGUUGGACAGCAGAACAAGCUGGUGGCUUCUCAGAAGGAGCUCGAGGGGAGACUAGAGGAUGUCAGAAUGGAUGCUAACUCACUGGAAGAGGUCCUACCCAAGAAGAUUACCAGCGAGGAGCAGGGUGAGAUCCUGAGCAUGCUGUGCAAGGUCCAUGAGCUGGAGAUUGAGAACACGGAGCUGAAAUCCCAGGCCUUGAUUCACAAGCACACCACGGAGCAGAAAGAGACGUUGAUCCGACGCUACGAGAAACACCGAUUGCUGUGUGACAAGAUCAUCCAAGAACAGCGAUCGCUCAUCAACAAGCACGGCAUCUUCCGGCCCCAGCAUUUAGAAGAUUGGUUCGACCAGUAUACGUCAGCUGUGUUUGAUGAGAUGUCCCUCGCCAGCACAAACCCCAACCUUCAAAAUAUUAGGGACAUCAAGGCUACCUCCAUGCUGAAUUUAAGAGCCCUGAAAGCCCUUCAGGAGGGGUCUGACGACACCUCACCAGAGAAGGAGUCCGUGGACAUCAAGACAAGGCCCAGGAGACCUGCUCAAAUACCAGAAGAAAGCCCCGCCCAGCCUCGCGUCUUCAACCCCAGCCCCCGGGCCCACCAGCUUCGCCAGAAAUCAGAGUUCAGCUCCUUGCCCAAGAUCAAAGUCCACACCAGCUCGCCGGCGACCGCCGUCGCGACGCCUCCCGUUACAAAACACGAGAGUUUAGAGACGCUAAACGACCACGGGAGGCACACUACGUCCCCCGGCGAUGCCCUGAAGACCAAGUCGCUGCACGACCUCGAGAUCGGGGACUCGGACCCGGACCUGCUGAGCAACCGCAAGGAGAUCAUCCAGCGCACGAAGAAGAUCGCGGCCAUCGCCGCCCGAAAGCGCAACUCCCAGAAACAGUUUGACAAAUCGGGCAGCCGGCCCGAGAAGCUAAACCUCCACGAGAAGACCAUCAUCUCACUGCGCUCCGUCUACGAAGUCUCGGAGCCCGACACGGACGGAGAGUACCUGACCAUGAGCCGGUUGUCCAAGCACAACAGCAUGCACGACGCCGCUCACAACGAUCCCAACAACAAUGACGAUAACAUGUCUAUCGUCACCAUGGACAGGAGAAGCGAACUCACAGACACCUAUUCCAACGUCAACUUGAAGCACUCGAAACACAAGAACCUCGGCGGUGGUGGAAUGAAACGUCUGACGGAAAAGCAAGUGGCGGACAAGCGUCGUAGGAGAGGGCUUGGAUAUGAGUCUAGCGGACAUGUGAUGUACAUGCCCUCCAAGGGGGGAUACAACAGGGCGUACCCGUCCGUCGAUUCACACAGGGGUCACGGGAAGAAGAUCAUCCCCAGGGCGACGACGACAAAUGCUGGUCCAGACCCACACCACACUGGCAAAGUCAAAUACCCAAUAGUGCAUCAUGCAGGAGAGCAAGAUGCUACUAUGUUGGGUUCUCGUAGCACGCCAACCAACAUCAAUGUGGUGCACCAGACGGGCAUCGACAGAGGCAAAGGCCACAGCUUGCAGAAGAAAACAAAGGGUGUCGCAAACCAUGAUGUGUCCAACCGGAGCACGCCGCAACUGCUCGGCAACAAGCAGCCAGCCAGCAAGCGCCAGCAGCCGACGUAUCCCGUCUACCAGCGCAAGAACAUGCUGUCGGUGUCCGGCUUUGGAGUCACAAGGAACCAGAGGAUCGGCUAUCGCAAAAUGUGAUUGGCCAAUAGCGCGCCUCAACACCAGAGACCAACUUCAUAGAAACAAGUUUUGAAACUGCUUGGUUACCAGCUCAAAUUUGCAGCCAGUCAGCCAUAAACCAUGUGUGCCAGAACAGGCUAAUUUUUUAGUAACACUGAUUGGACAAUUCCUGCAGGACAAGAUCAACAUUGCAAUUUGUGAUUGGAUGUCAAACCUACCAAAUCAAUGCCGUUUCAAGCUCUAUUUCCAUGUCAGUCUUAAAGGUUGCAUUUGUGUGACUGUAGGCAUAAAUGCCACAAUGAAUAGCGCCACCUAUUGUCCGAUAGUGUCCAGUCUUGUGCGCUUUUCAACAGCGCCCCAGAUGGUGGCUUUCAGUUUGGUGUGUGAUUGGGUGAAAAUUCCCGGCUACCUUCCUGCACGGAGUGGUCCGUCGGCAAUUUUUCUUGUCGCACACCUCAUUCAAUUUGGUCUGGCGAUGUCCGUUACCAAAAUGCAACACAACACUGUCAAAAAGCACAUUGGCUGGUUAACCAGUCACAUUUCUAUGAAGUUGGUCUGCCAUCGUUUGAGAUUUGCCAGCAGUAAAUACUGAAAUUUUGUUUGUAAAUUUGAAUUUUUUUUCUUAUCAUAGAGCGCAGUUGUAAAUAACAUUCUAAAGAUAAGUACUUCUUGACCGAGAUAAAGGUAGAACUGUAGGAAGUUUGUGGUUUUUCAGUUCUGAAGAGAAAACCUCAUCGGGAUUUUUUUUUUUUUUUCUGCAAAGUACCUUGUGAAAGAUGCCUUUGAAAAUAGCAUUGAAAGCAAUGGCAUCAAAAUCCUCCUUGAAAAAAAAAAAAUCCUCAAUGCCUCAGCCUUAGAUUCUAAUUGAACUUUAUUAAAGGUAAUAUACAACAUUUGCAAACAUCAAACAACAAAACUACCAAAUUAUUACAAAAUACCUUACUGGACUGUAAGCGAAUACUAGUCUCAAGCAUCCUGUGAAAUCAUGUCACCUGGUGUGCUGACACCUUCAAGAAAAGUGGAGUGUUUCUAUAAAUUCCAACGAUGGUUGGCCGACCAUUGUUGGAAAUGAUUUUUUUUCAUCAAAUAUCGGCCUCCAGUUUAUCAAAUUUAGUU